GUUAAUUUAAAAAUAGCCCGUAAGCAUUGCACUCCUGCUUGCUUUCAGUUCUCGGCCACGCGUGUAACGCUCCAGAAUUAUCUGUUUUUCGGGUCAAUUUUUACUGAUUGCGUCGAUUUGAAAGCCCUGGAAUUCGCGCGCUGGAGUCUUGGAGCCUAGAGUGGGGGAAGGGUCGACCAAUCAGCAAUCAGAAGCGCUGCCCGCUCGAAAGUAAACAAAUUUAGGCAACACUCGCAGCAAACGAAAAGUGUCAAAUCAGAGAGAAUAAUUAAUAAUUUAAUCCAUUCAACCAGAGAUUUUGCAGCGGUUGUUGAUUGAGCCUUUCCCAAAACUGAGAGGGUUCCUGCUUACUUUGAAGAUUUGCCAUGGAAAAUGCGGAGCAACCUGCCAUAAACGGUGAUGCAAAACCUGCAGAACAAGCUCCUCCGAAAAAGCCUGAAAGCCGCAGCAAGUGCGGAAAGUGCCGCAAUGGCAAAGAGUCUCUUUCAAAAAAGCAGCAAAAAGUCGACGACGGCUACAAAAGUCUCGAGGAGUUGAAGAAAGCUCUUAGUUCUGUGACCACGCAAGAGGAGAAAAUCACUCUUCUGUGUGAGAAAUAUGCAGAUCUUCUCGAGGACAACAGAAAGCUGGCUCUGGCCGUCAAGCAGGGUGAGAAAAGAGCUCUUGCCCUUCAAGCAGAGAAGGAGCACGUCCAGAAUGACAGUACAAAGGCCAUUCUAACCAAAGCUCGGCUUGAGAAUCUCUGCAGGGAGCUUCAACGCCAAAACAAGAUUAUUAAAGAUGAAAGUUUGGCAAGAAUAAAGGAGGAGGAGGAAAAGCGUAAAGAGCUUUCGACUCGCUUCAACGUAACUCUGAAUGAAAUCACCACGCUUAUGCAGACCAACACCGAGAAAAACAAUCAGCUCAGAGAGGAGAACAAGGCUCUGACAGAAAAGUUUAAAAUUAUUUGUGAGCAGUACGAGCUGAGAGAAUCGCAAGUUGAAAAGUUGAUGAAGCAAAGUCAGCUGGAGGGCAAACUCUCCGAGACCAAGUUGGCCAAAGUUCAGGUGGAGUUGAUGCAGGAGAAGGAACUUCUCUUAAGGGAACUAAGCAGCUACCAGACGCAGCUAAAGCAGCAAGCUGAGAACGAGGAUGCUCUUCGAGGUCAGAUCCGAAUGUACUCCGAAAAGUAUGAAGAAUUUCAGCAAGCCUUGGCAAAAAGCAAUGAAGUUUUCUCAAAUUUCAAAGCUGAAAUGGACAAGAUGUCAAAGAAAAUCAUCAAAUUGGAGAAGGAGACUUGCUCUUGGAAGCAGCGUUGGGAAAAUAGCCACAGCGCCUUGUGUGACAUGAUUGCAGACAAGCAGCAGCGGGACGAAGAACUUCUGCUCGCAGGAAAACAGGUCGCUCAACUCCAGCGGCUCUGCCGAACCCUUCAGGAGGAGCGCACCAAGCACAUUGCCAAGUUGCGAGAACACGGAGAAGAAUUGGGCAAGGCGCAGCCGGUAAUGAAAAAGGAAGAAAUAGACGAGCUUCUCGAGAAGCAGCCAAAGCCUCCGCUACCUAUGCCUGUGAUCGAUUCAGCUCCUAUCAUUGAUGUUGAGGAAGAAGUACCCGGGACUAAGAAAUCCGACGAAGUACCCGAGACUAAGAAUACCGAAGAAGUCCCCGAGACUAAGAAAUCCGACGAAGUCCCCGAGACAAAGAAUUCCGAAGAAGAAGUCGCAACAAACGGUUCCCUUGAUAAUGAACAGACUGAAAAAAAAUCUAGUGCUGACAAGAUGCCUGUGAGCUUAAACGACUCGGAAACUACAACCUCAACAAAUGAGCCAGUGCCUGAAUCCGAGCCCGAGCAGCCUUCGUCUGAAAAGUCUAGCAAACAGUCAACCCCAGUACCAGAUAAAAAGAAAGCAAAGGAGACUGGUCGCAAGAAGAAGAAAUAGACGCUGGGCCAAUAUUGAAGUUUCACUUGCCAUCAGAUGGCUGUGUUUUAAAAAGUUUUUGACUACCAGUAUUAAAACAACUGACUCAUUAUUUGUUUUACAUCUCUGUAUAUGCAUUAGAUUCUUACGAUGUCCCACCUUGAUUUUUCGCACCUAUAGUUUGAUCAUUUUGUAGUAAUUUAUGAAUGUGUUUCACAGCUAAGGUUUAUUUCGCUGAUCGUUCAAGUGGAUAUUUUGUAUGUGUAGUUUUAGUUUAACAUUUUUUGCAACAAAAACAAUAAUAGUUAAAUCUUAUAAAUCAA